AUCAGCUGAGCGUGUCUUCCGAAAAUUGGAGCAAAAUGGCUGACAAAGCUCUAUGAUUACAUGCGAACAAAACCCGAUAUAGUCAGAGAUGGAUUCAGAGAAGCAGGAAUAUCAUCCUUAUUGAGAUUUGAUUAUAAUUGCGAGAGAAUUUUAGUCACUAGCUACAAUAAAAAGAAACUACAAAGAAAUGAAUGCUCCCUGCCUUUGUCUUUGUGUGUUGCUGUGCCUACUAUUAAUUUGUUGCAUCUCGGAAGCUACUCGGGAAAUAGGUACAACGGAUACUGAUAGAUAUGACUGUGAUGAGGUGGUGGUGCAUGCCCUCUAUUUAUUAGAGGAGUACUUAGUGAUACGUUUUGCCUUUCCUCCUCUGGUAAUAACAAACAUUAUUGCAGAGGCAACCUCGCUGGCGAAGAAAAAAUCACCCCAUGUUUUUCAUAAAGCUGGACCAGGGGUGGAAACGUUUUUUUAUUUUACUUCUAAAGCUUUCGAAACUAUUUUUGAUCUAGCAAAUAUUGUUUUGUCACUUUUGAAAAAGUUUGCAGGUGUAGUCCCAUUUGGUCGAGCUAUUUUGGAUGCCAUUCACUCUCUUAAUGCUGAGAUGGCGAAUCCUUUUUGUCAAGUUGCGAGGUUGAUUAUCGAUGAGAUUACAGAUCAACUAACAUUCUUUGAGAGAUUUUCAUAUCGGUUGAAUAAUUUCUACAUUUCGGUUCUGCAAACAUUGAGAAGAUUUCGAUAGAUAUCAAUGGGGAUGAAAUUAAUCAUUGAGGAGUUUGUAAACGUUAGUCUCUAUAUGGAUGCAAGAUGACAGUCUGAAAAUGUCGAUGUAUGUUAUGUUGUUAAAAUAUUUGUAGUUAAUUGUUACCAUUCGAAACUUUAGUAUUACAUCUAAUUUAAUCUGCAGGAUUGUCAAAAGUAUCUAUAAAAUUUCCUGCAAAUCAUGUUUUUAUACAUUUUCUAUGAAUAACAAAAUGUUAAAGAAGGAUUAUUCACCAUCCGUUAGGCUAAUCUUUCGAGAGGGUUGUCAUGUAAAUUAGACACAAUCUUUGAAGGGCAUUUAUGGUACACACUUCAACCUAAAAGAUGGGUGUUGCUAGAAUUCAUAUCAGAGCGGGGAAAUGGAGAAGCAUAAGAAGAAACGAAAUUGGUCGAAUUUAUUAAAGACAUAUCAAAAUGAACGAAAUUUUAUGUGAUAUAAACAAAUUAAACUGGGUCAAUCUUGCUGUUUUUGUUUCACUUCACCAGAAGUACAACCACCUAACAGGAAGUUUCAGAAUCCUCAUCACUAUAGAGUUAGGAUGAAAAAAAAAACCGGCAUAAUAAAAUUGCUAUGUUAUUAAUGUAACAAUACUUAUGUUUUGAUAGUAGUGCUAUUUUAGGUAAACUUUGUAUUUAUAUGUAUAUAUUUUAUUAAUAUUUCAAUAUGCGUCAAUUAUGUAAUUUACACUUUUUAAUAAUGUAGUAAGUUUUAUAUUAAAAGUUGUCCUAUCCUAUUAUUUCUUUUGGUUUCAAAACCAUUUCGAACAUUUGUACUUGGGAUUUAGACUUACUCUAUCUCGCACUAAUUGUUACUUUGUUUUGUAGAAUCACUCUUGUACACUGAUUAAAUUGAGUGAAAAUUAA